AUGGCGCCUCGUCCGCUCCUCACUCUGCUCGUCCUAGGGACGUGGGCAGCAACUGUAUACGCACACGGCAGUGGACAUGGACAUGGAUCUGGCGCACCACUAGAGGAAAUCGACGAGGACGAGAUCCUCCGCUACCACGCGCCCAACGGCGUGUCUUACUACGACUAUGACUAUCUAGCUGCUACUCCAAAAACUAAUACAACAGUCUUUGGAAACGUUGCGGUAAUCGACAAGAGGCAUGGUGGACUGAUGAUGCUUCAUGCAACUGCGCUCGGCAUCAGCUACCUUGGCCUACUUCCCCUAGUGAUCGCCCUCAGUGCCGGCCGUCAUCGCUUAGCGACACUGGCUCGAUCAACCUUUUGGAGCCUGAACUUGAUUGGAUGGGCGGCAGGAAGAGCGUAUAGAAGACUCACCCCGGAUUUAUACCAUGGCUCAACGCACGCGACGUCCGGGGCAGUCUUAAUCUGGCUAUCUGCCAUGGUCGCCUUCGCCGACAUCUUUCCAGCACUCAUGCCGCAUAUACACAAGUUGAUACAUCUCUUCAAAUCAAGAAUCGCUAAAAGAAAGGAGGAAGAAGUCGAGUAUAUGCUCUCCGACUCACCUGUACCCCUUGACGAUGAUGCACAUGCCACUGCAUAUGCAAUGUUCUCAUCACACAAUUCCCAUAAGCGACCAAGUCAUUGGAAGAGACAUUCAAUCAACUCUGACCACUCGACAUUACAUGAUGAUCACCAUCCGCACCAUGCGACUUCUCGACCCUCUUUACGAAGUCGGCUCCUCCGUCUAGCGAGCCAUGCUAUUGAAGUCGUCGAGAGAAGUCUCGUCGUCUAUGCCUGGGGUCAGAUAUUAUCCGGGUUUACAAUCUACGUUGGCUGGGGUCGGGCAGAGUACAUCAAUGGUAUCCUUGCUCAUUUUAUCAAGGGUUCAAUCUUCUGGUGGUACGGCAUCCUUACCUUUGCACGUUAUAUGGGUGCUUGGGCGAGUUGGGGAUGGGCAUGGAACACUUUCUCUUCAAAAUCACGAAUAAUGUCCGCCUCAUUCCUCGAAUCUCUCGUCAUAUUUGUCUAUGGCUUCACCCAGCAAUUUAUGGAACGAUUAGGCAAACAUCCAGGAGACCCAUACAGUGCAAAGGAUAUCGAGCAUAUCUCAAUCGCUGUCAUGUUUUGGGCUGGUGGGCUUGUUGGUAUGGCUGUCGAGAGCCCAGCAGUCCGAAGGUGGCUUAUAGGCGACGAUAACGACGCCAUUCGUGAUCAUAGUCACGACGAGAGUGAAAGGGAGAGAAAAGGCAAGGCCAGCCUUUCCUCUCCUUUGCAUGUUGAGAAUGCCCAUCUCCAAAGGCCAACACCAAUGGCCCAGGCGAGCUCGAGUCCAAGUCCCAACCCAUUGCCCGCUGUCGUUAUUGGCAUCACUGGUAUCGCGAUGAGCGCACACCACCAAACCUAUCGUUUCCAAGUGCAGAUCCACUCACUCUGGGGCUUCCUUCUCCUUGGCUUUGCCAUCUGUCGCUGCAUUACCUGCUUCUUGCAGUGGGUCAAGCCAAUUCCUUCAUCCUUUUCGAAUGAAAAGGAUUCGGUUCACUCGAGGUCUCCAAGGAGAGACUCGAGCGAGACGAUUAUGGAGGACAUGGUAGAGAAUGGACGAGAUUGGGUAGGACCUCCAAGUCGUCCGCCCUCCGAGCUCGUUGGUUCCAUCUUCCUGGGUGCGGGAGGUAUCUCGUUCAUCUGCUCUGAUGAGCAAGUCACAUUUUGGGCCAUGAGGACCGAGCGAGAUGAUAUGAUGAUGUUCCUCAACCUCGCUAUUGCCCUCACUGCAGUUGCUUAUGUGUGGACGACGCUGAUCCUCCUCGUCUCCAGGAUAGCGAAGAAGAAACAAAGAUUGUUGUAA